UCCGGUCGGGCACAACAUGAUAAAUGUCACAUUUAACGAGUCUUCAAAUGGCUCUUGAAACGUGUCGUUCUCGUGUGUUAUUCUUAAAAUAACAUCUGCGUUUUUGAAGUCAUGCCAGCUUUCUCUCUCGGUGGUGAGACUGGAGGAGCGGCCAUCAUUUUACAAGCCUCGAAAAUUGGUAUGCUAUAGCGUUGCACCGCCUUGGACCAAACCUGUGGAAAACUUUUGCUCACCAAUAUAAUAUACAGUGAUUUCUCAAAGACACAAACUGAAACGGAAGCUCGGAUAAAUGAUGUAUCCAAUUGGUGUGGGAAGCAGUCCACGACGACCGCAGAGAGAUUUCAAAACAAAACAAUGGGCUGAUUCUGGGGAAAGGGGAAGCCACGCCCAUCAAGAACCACCUGCCAGCAUGGGAUGGCAAUUAGAAAGGGAGCUACACAACACUUCCUCUCAUGAGCGAUACAGUGAGGAGUGUGCUGGCCUCACUGUGGGCAAGGAGCAAGACCUAAAUGGAGAUCAGUUGACGUUGAGUGCUCCAGACCAGGAGCUGGCAAGGAAAAGGAAAGAGCUUCAAGAGAUUGAGGAGAAGAUUGUUCUCAAGAAAGCUGCUAUUGGUUUGAAAAAAGUCGAACCAUUCUUAAAGAUGUCACAUCUGAUAUUGACAGGGGAAGAAGAAAAGGAUUUCUCACAUAGUAGAGCUGACUUGUCUGGAAACAGUAAUGAGCUCUUCACACAGUUAACAAAAGAAAAUGGGGACAUUCUCUCCUUUAUUAAGAAGUCAGCUUCAUUUGUUUCUACACCUGCUCAGAAAGGCACAACUCUGAGAGACAGGGUGAAUUUGAUCUUACAGCGAAGGUGGCCUCAAGGUCAUUCCUCAAAGUCUCUAGUGCAGUCAUCCACUGGAGCCAACAGUUUCACAGAGAUGAGUAAGCAGGAGGACCAUCCCCUUAAACUCAGAGUGAAGUUAAUGAAGAAACGAUGUAGUAAUUCAUGGGCACCGCAAGUCCCUGAUUCUGAACCACACCUUUCGAGCCAGUGCCCUACCUCAACAGUGGAGGAAGAGAACACAGUUGCCAAAGGAUUUCAACGCUUCCUCGGCGUUCUCAACAAAGGGGUGGACGUCAGUCUGCUCACCAGAAUUGUCAAUGAUGACAGUAUAGCCCUCCCUUUGAGUGGGGAGCCCUUGCAUACUCAGCCUCCUUUUUUAAAGAGCACAUUACAGGCACCCUCCAAGAGUGAGAGUCAGGGAUCAUACAGUGGAGCCCCCCAACUGGACUGUAGUCUAUCCAAAAGCAGAGAGAGGAGCGCUGAACAUCUCAACCAUUGGGGAUCACACAAAGACAAACACAACCUUCCUGAUGAGCAGUAUGUCCAGAUAGAAGGUGAAGGGGGUGGUCAUUUUGGCUCUAGGAGCAGAUCGAGGUCUCCCCCGGCAGUGGAAGAGAAGGAAGUGAGGCUUGAGGAGCAGCAGGGACAAGUGAGGCUAAAGGAGCAACAGGGACAGCUGCAGAACAUUCUUGAGACUUUGGGGUUGAGCAUAGAUGCAGAUGAGCUGAACAGAUUAACAGAGCGGACCCAGGAGAGGCUAUACGGUAAGAAGGAAGACGACGGACAAAGGGGUGAUGACUCACAGGAGAGAGAUAGAUGUCAGACAAGCCCUCAAAGAAUUCACAGGCAUUCCUCUUCCUCCACCGCAGUAUCUGGCAGCGUUAUUCCAAACCUGGCUCCUGUUCAGCGCUCCCUUAGCAAUGUCUCUGAGGAUAGCAGAAAGGAAAAGCUUACUUCUGAAAUCAGUCACUCCAGAGAGAGGGGUGGAAAUGGGGACAGAGAUGUGGAUGGAAUCAACUCAAAAGAAAGCUCACUGGCUGAGAAUCCUUACCUUGAAAACACAACAGGUCUUUAUCCUCACCAUGCUGCACAGUUUACAUUUCCAGAAUACAGCUCAGCCCAGUACUACAGUUAUGCUGCCUACCAAAGCGGGGCGUUCAAUGGUGCCAACCUCUCAGCCUGGCAGCACACCACCCAUACCACCACCCCCUACCCUUCCCAUCCUACAUAUCCUUACUCGCAGUAUCCCUUACAUCAAUUCACCAGCUCUACGGCUUCACCUGACCUUAUUUAUCCUUGCCUUCAGCCCAAGAAAAACUUGUCAUUCACACAUUCUCUCUUGACUGUGAAACCCAACCUGGCAAAGAAUAAGGGCAAACAUGGAAAUCAGUCAAAGUUACGUCGCCUUACGGUCAUCAAAACUCAGCAAUCACGAACCAAACACAAUCAUCUAAUCCAUCUUACAAAAUCAGAAACAAAAUUAAAGAAAUCUUCGAAGGCCAAGAAAAGGCAACAAUACAUGAAAAAUCGAAGGACACAAAAGAGAAAAGAGAAGCGGGCCCUCAAAAAAGCCAGCAAGUCUAUCAAUCCACCUAUGGGCUGCAGCUCUCUGGGCAGUCUGGGGGUGCCAAUGGCAUCCUCGGUAGCCAAACCAGAAACACAGGAAUCAGAAUGUGACAAGCUGCUAACUACUGAAGAGGAUGUAAAGGCAAAUUUGAAGAAAAAGGUGAGCUCGAUUUAA